AGUCGACGCUCGCAUAUCUCCUUCAAGAGGCAGUCGACUGCCGCAAGUGAGAAAAAUGGAAUCCUAACCAAUCCCCAACAAAUAACAACUGUUUACCCGUUCAACCAGUGAUAAUAAACCCCCGAUAAUCAUUGUGCAGUGUAAAAUGAGCUCUCAACAGAGUCCAGCGUCUUUGCAAUCGUCCGUAGAUCGCGAAAAAGUGUACACUUGGAUCAUUGAACUAUCAAACCCGGAGACUCGUGAAAAUGCUCUCCUAGAGUUGAGUAAAAAACGGGAGGUCGUGCCGGAUUUGGCACCGAUGCUCUGGCACUCGUUUGGCACUGCCGCCUCGUUGUUGCAAGAGAUUAUUAAUAUUUAUCCAGCUAUCAAUCCAGCUACGUUGACUGCUCAUCAGAGCAAUCGUGUGUGCAAUGCACUCGCGUUGCUCCAGUGUGUGGCUAGUCAUCCAGAAACUAGAUCAGCAUUUCUUCAGGCUCAUGUUCCUCUCUUCCUCUACCCCUUUCUCCAUACAGUCAGCAAAACACGGCCAUUUGAGUACCUGCGUCUCACCAGUCUCGGGGUAAUCGGUGCCUUAGUGAAGACAGAUGAGCAGGAAGUGAUAACAUUUCUCCUGACAACAGAAAUAAUCCCUCUCUGUCUGCGAAUAAUGGAGAGUGGUUCGGAGUUGAGUAAGACAGUGGCUACAUUUAUCCUGCAGAAGAUAUUACUCGAUGACAGUGGUCUGUCCUACAUCUGCCAAACGUACGAUAGAUUCAGUCAUGUUGCUAUGAUUCUGGGGAAAAUGGUACUGUCACUCGCCAAAGAUCCUUCAGCGAGGCUUCUUAAACAUGUCGUCAGGUGCUAUUUGAGGCUGUCUGAUAAUCCUAGAGCUCUCUUGGCCCUUCGCCAAUGCCUCCCAGACCAACUCCGAGACAAUACGUUCGCCACAUGUCUCCAAGAGGACAAAUCCACAAAACACUGGUUGAACCAGUUGCUGAAGAACCUGGAGACAGGGCCGCAGCCAGGACCCCCUACCCAGCCAGGUCAGCCUGAUCCAAGGACCAUUGGCAUGUCUCCUCUCACGUCAUAAUGCCAUCCCCUCGAAUGGAAGAACGUCGGGCAGGUGUCCAAGAGUUUUUCGCAAUUAAAAAAAUAACAAAAAUGAUUUAAAGAGUACAAACGAGUACGAAAAACUGUCACAUUAAACAGGUACUUAGAAUAGUCGAAGUAACGCCUGAAUGACAUCCAAGAGAUGACGAAUAGCAAAAGGCAGUCUUGUGAUUUUCAUACUGGCUCUGUCAGAUACCUACGAUGUUGCUAAUUAAUUAUGUAAAGAUUCACUAAUUGUAAUAUUCUGGGGAUGGGGGUCGAUACAUCUGCCUCGGUGAAAUAGUGAUAGAGUUGUAAUUAAUGCCUGCAACGUUAUAUUCGUGUAUAUAAUGAAUGGAGUGAUGAAGACCGAAGAAAAAAGUGAGAUAACUUCGGUCACAAGUGUGUACAUAAAUUUAGAAUAGGCAGGAAUCAUUCGUCAUUAUUUUCACUCUCUUGAAUACAUCUGUAAAUUGAUGAAUACCACCAGUUGAAAUGAUUUUUUUUCUGCUAGAUAGAAAAAAAUACAGGAUUGUAAUUAAAAUUGAAAUUCAAUUACGUAUUUCAGGUCCUCAUGUUUAUCAUUAAACAAAGGGGGUUACUAUUAUCUUUACAAUAUUUUGUAUGUUUUAUCGAAUUUAGUAUUUAGCAUCGUGUGCCGGUAAUUAAAUAAUAUUAAAACUGAGUUUUUGUAUUUAUAGGAGAAUUAUGUAUUUUUUCAUUACUUUCUAAGUUUUUCGCAGUUAUUGGGAGAAUUGCAGAUGAAUUCUUGCUUUUUGGUUGGAUGGAAUAUCAGUCGCUGAAAGUUGAAUGCAAUAAAUUGAGAAAAAAAUGAA